AGCAGGAGCCAGGGGGUUCGGUCCUUAUCUGUAGUGCGUUAUGAGAUAAAUCAUAGCCGGCAACAAAGUAAAUUAAGUCUCAGCCUGUAGAGAGUCGGAAAGCAUGUAGCUAGAGACUAGGGUAGGGACGCAGCGGAGAAAAAACAAGGAAAGGAGAGCGAAUCCAAACUGCGAGUAAGAUGAGCACGGAAGGCAGCACUAACUUUAGGCGGAUGGCUAUCAGGCGGAAGUCCAACCAGUCCUGCCUCCUGGUUGGGACCCCCCGCCCCUGGGUCCGACCCACCGCCCACUCAAGGCCGGCUGCCUCGGCUGCCUCAGAGAACGUGCCCAAGGAGGCAACAGGCAUCAGUUCCUGCCCAGAGAUCAUUAUAGUUUCAUCUUGCCCAUCAAGUAAGACUGACACACCAAUUAAUCAGAAUGUAGAUGAUGAGGCUCAGGGAAUAAAUGGAAGAGCACCAAUUAACGUGUCCCCAUAUUCAGCUGCAAGUCCAAAGCCACAAGUGCCUCCAAAACCAUUACAUCUGCAGAAUUCACCUUCAUCCAAUAAAUAUCAGACACCCAAGCAUAAAGCUUUACCUAGUAUAAAACCAAGGAUGGAGGAAGUUAAGCCUGUCCCUGCUUCUUUUAUCUCAAAAGAAAAACCCACUAAGGUAUCAGAUCUCAUCAGUCACUUUGAAGGAGGCAGCACAUCAUCCAAUUCUACUGAUUUGAAGAAAGAACCUUCUGUUAGUCAAACUGUUUCUAGAGCUCAAGGAAGACAUGGGUUGACAACAGUCCUUCAGCCAAAACUCCUAUCUCAACAUCCACUUCAGAAACAGGAAACCAAUACAGACCAAACUCAGGAUGUACAGAAACACACAGUCAAUGGUGUGAUUGGAGCACAAAAACAGAUGGAAUGUGAAGACAAUAAAUUCCCUGAUGUUAGCCCUGAUGCUAACAUCCAAACUUUGGAAUCUGCCAUCUAUAAUAGCUUGGCAAAUGGAGAAAAGGACAGAACAGUUACCAGUUCCUCUUUACCCACAACAGAUAUCCGCAGAGGAAGUACUCUAAAUAGUUGUCACAGGACUUCAAGUAGUAACCCUUUGCUUUUGUUGGGAAAAGAACACAUUGAAAUGAAAGCCACUCUGGAAGAGGAAAAAGAUGAAGAAAGCCCACUUGAACUUGAGAAGCAGAAUCAAUCCAUAGAAACCAAGGAGACGGAUGAGCAGAAACUUCAUAAAAUUGCCACUGAACUCUUGCUUACAGAAAGAGCCUAUGUUAAUCGACUUGACCUUUUAGACAAGAUAUUUUAUUGCAGACUAUUGGAAGAAGCUAAUCGAGGCUCAUUUCCAGCAGAGAUGGUGAACAAAAUAUUUUCUAAUAUUUCAUCAAUAAAUGCAUUUCAUAGUAAAUUCCUUUUGCCAGAGCUGGAGAAACGAAUGCAGGAAUGGGAAACUACUCCUAGAAUUGGUGACAUCCUACAGAAAUUGGCUCCUUUCCUCAAAAUGUAUGGAGAGUAUGUGAAAGGCUUUGAUAAUGCAACGGAAUUGGUUAAAACCAUGACUGAACGGAUACCUCAAUUUAAAUCAGUAAUUGAAGAAAUUCAGAAACAAAAGAUCUGUGGGAGUUUAACACUGCAGCAUCACAUGCUAGAACCUGUACAGCGAAUCCCCCGUUAUGAGAUGCUCCUUAAAGACUAUCUAAGGAAAUUGCCUCCUGACUCCCUAGACUGGAAUGAUGCUAAAAAAUCACUUGAAAUUAUCUCUACUGCAGCAAGUCAUUCCAAUAGUGCAAUACGGAAAAUGGAGAAUCUUAAAAAGCUGUUAGAGGUUUAUGAGAUGUUGGGAGAAGAGGAAGACAUUGUUAAUCCCUCAAAUGAACUCAUACGUGAAGGACAAAUCCUUAAGCUUGCUGCUCGAAACACAUCAGCUCAAGAACGUUAUCUUUUCCUAUUCAACAACAUGUUGCUAUACUGUGUACCAAAAUUCAGCUUGGUGGGAUCUAAAUACUCAGUUCGAACUAGAGUUGGUAUUGAUGGGAUGAAAAUUGUAGAAACCCACAACGAAGAAUACCCACACACAUUUCAGGUUUCUGGAAAAGAACGAACACUGGAAUUACAGGCCAGUUCUGAGCAAGACAAAGAGGAAUGGAUCAAGGCACUUCAAAAUACUAUUGAAGCUUUCCAUCAAAGGAAUGAAACCUUCAGAAAUGCUAUAGCAAAAGAUAAUGAUAUGCACUUGGAGGUUUCUACUGCUGAGCUUGGGAAAAGGGCCCCAAGAUGGAUUCGAGACAAUGAAGUAACAAUGUGUAUGAAAUGCAAAGAAUCUUUUAAUGCACUGACAAGGAGAAGACAUCAUUGCCGAGCAUGUGGACAUGUGGUCUGUUGGAAAUGUUCCGACUAUAAAGCUCAACUUGAAUAUGAUGGUGGUAAAUGGAACAAAAUUUGUAAAGACUGCUAUCAAAUAAUAACUGGAUGCACAGACAGUGAAGAAAAGAAAAGGAAAGGAAUCUUAGAGAUUGAAUCAGCAGAGGUUUCUGGAAACAGUGUCAUAUGCAGCUUUCUUCAGUAUAUGGAAAAGUCCAAGCCCUGGCAAAAAGCUUGGUGUGUGAUCCCUAAGCAAGAAGCUCUUGUACUCUACAUGUAUGGUGCCCCACAGGAUGUCAGAGCUCAAGCAACCAUUCCACUCCUAGGCUACACAGUGGAUGAUACACCAGGGAGUGCUGAUCUCCCUCACAGUUUCAAACUGACCCAGUCUAAGUCUGUGCACAGCUUUUCUGCAGACAGUGAGGAACUGAAACAGAAAUGGUUGAAAAUCAUCCACUUAGCUGUCAAAGGUGAGACACCAGAGUAUCCAAAUGAACUAUAAGUCACAGUAAAUGAUCAUCCUGGACUAAUAAGAAAGCCGGGAUUCUGAGUUACAGAUGUCCUGUUGUUGGGGUGUGGGGGGAGGGUGGGACACAGCUGUGCAAUGAAGCAAGUGAAGGAAAAAAACCCAGAAAAUAAGACAUUCCCAACAACCCCUACACCUUUUAGCACUUUAUGUUAAAAAUACAGGUUCAUAAGCAAAUUUCGGGGUGGGAGAAAAAGGGUGCAGUAAAAACAGACUAUUUUCCUAAACUUAUGUAUCAUUAAUGAAGUUGCUGUACAGAGUCAUUUUAUUGAUAUUUUUUUUUAAUGUGAACAAUGAAAUAAUCUUUAAGAACUCUGCCUUGAGUAUUUACUACUUGUGUUUGUCUUAAAGAAAAUGGCAUUUGAUUCUCUUGCUGUUAGGUUAAAAUGUGCCACAGAUUCUUUGUUAUAUUCUUUGCUUAUGUAGGACUUCUGACAAUUUGAAAGAUAUACCUCCAUAUUGCCAAAAUAGAUAUGUAGUGAUAAAUACAGGGAAAGUUUAGUUUAAA